ACGCGCCCUCGAGCAUUUCUCAAUCAUGGUCUUGUCGGCAUCUUCAUCUUCAGCUGCUUUCGAUCCCGCGCAACCAUGACCGCCCCCGCCUCUGAUCCUUACCCCGACGCGCCCCUAAGCUUCAUCGGGAUCAAUGGUGCCCGCCUGGCAUACCGUCUCAAAGGCGAGCCCGAGCUCCCUCUGCUGAUAACACUUCACGGAGGGCGCGGUUUUGGUAACCUUAUCGUAUGCCCAACACUAUGUAGCGUCUCUGAUCCUGUCACAGGCUCCCACGACGGAGAUUUCGCGGCCUUCCAUCCUCUAUCAGACACCUUCCGAGUCCUCUCUUUCGACUUUCGGGGCCACGGCCAAUCCUCUCCCACAUCUCCCUAUACAUUCAAGCAGAUUGUGGAUGAUAUCGAAGGGCUGAGAAAACAUUUCGCCGGGGAUGAGAAGGCGGUGAUUCUGGGAGGUAGUUUCGGAGGGUUCAUCGCUCAGCAGUACGCCAUCACCAAUCCUGAUAGCGUCUCGCACUUGCUCCUGAGAGGUACUGCGCCUUCCCAUCAUCACGAGAAAGAAGCGCUCGAGAACAUCCGCAAAAGAGCAGCGACCAAAGCUCCUAUGGCUUCCGAAAACUACCUCAAAAAGAUAUUCGGCACCAUCACAGACGACAACGAGUUUAGGAUCAUCAUGUUUGCCAUCGGUCCGCUAUACUUGGAUGGGGCGUAUGAUGCCGACAAAGCGCUCGAGUCGGCGCGAAAGACCAUCUACAAUGCCGAGUCGCAUAAUUCUUUAUACUCCGAGAAGGAAAAGUAUUUCGACUACCGAGAGGGCUUGAAGACGCUGGCUAUACCCACCUUGAUAUUUGUCGGCGAGCACGACUGGAUCACACCGCCUUCUCAAUCCAAGCUCAUACACGAGCGCGUCCCAAACUCCAGGCUCGUCAUAUUUUCCAACGCCAACCACUCAGUCCAUCAUGACAAGAAUGCGGAGGUUCUGAAGUUAAUAAGGGAUUUUGUAUCGUCGACGACUGCUUGAGAAAGACAUCAAGUGCAGUAUUAUGCAUGUCGGC